AUGCUGGCCUGUCACCUGACAGGAUGUACCCUGCCCAGCCUAGUCCUUUGGACCCAGAGCCCUUGCCCCACACCUUCGUUCCUCGGACCUACGGGUCUUUUGGGCUCCAAUUCCUUGGCCUUUAUGCCUUCUGUCUUGAACUCCACUAAUGUCCUUAAUUUCCAAGCUUCACUUGGAGUCCUAGCCAACAUUUUUCUCCUUUUUUUCUACACUUUCAUAAUUCUAGGUCACAGACCUAAGCCCACGGACAUGAUCUCAUGUCACCAGACCUUCAUCCACAUAGUGCUGCUCCUCACUGGAACUGAUAUUUGGCUUUGGGACAUAUUUGAGUCACUGAAUUUUGAGAAUGACUUCAAAUGUAAAACAAAUUUUUACAUAAACAGAGUGAUGAGAGGCCUCUCCAUCUGCAUCACCUGCCUCCUGAGUGUGUUCCAGGCAGUCACUAUCAGUCCCAGUUCCUCUUUCUUGGCAAAAUUUAAAUAUAAACUACAAAACCACAUGAUUUCUGUUUUCUUAUUUAUCUGGUCUUUCAACUUGUUAUUCAGUAGCUAUCAUAUCUUCUAUAUUGGUGCUUUUACCAAUGUGAGUGAAACAAACCAGAUGAAGAUCACUAAAUCCUGCUCUCUCUUCCCCAUGAACUACAUCAUCAAGGUAUUCAUUUUAACAGUGGCAACCUCCAGGGAUGUAUUUCUCAUAGGAGUUAUGCUGACCAUGAGUGCAUAUACGGUGAUUAUCUUGUUCAGACAUCAGAGGCAAUGCCAAUACCUUCACAGCCUCAGCUACCCAAGAACAUCUCCUGAGAAAAGGGCCACCCAGACCAUCUUGCUGCUGGUGGUUUCCUUUGUGAUCUUGUACUGGGUGGACUUUAUCAUCUCAUCCACUGCAGUCCUGUUAUGGAUGUACAAUCCAGUCAUCCCGAGUGUACAGAAGUUUGUGAUGAAUGUCUAUCCCACAAUUACUCCUCUGAUACAAAUCAGUUCUGAUAACAGAAUAACUAAUAUGCUCAAAAAACACUCAGUCUGUGUACCACCAUAUUUUUAG